UUCUUUAUUAUAGUUUCCUUAAUUAGUUAAAUAAUUAUUUAUCCUUUAUGAUAGCAUGCACUGGCAGUUGAUGGUCAUCAUUCCCAAAGCAUGUAAAAUUAUAUGGUUUUGUUCGUUGCAUAGGAAGAUGAAAAAUGACUUGAGAACAAUGCUUCAAGGAGUUAUUGGUAAAUCACGUGGUCAACUGGUUCAAAUUUUGUAUCCAAAGUGUAACCAGCAACUAGAUUCAUGGGAAUGUGGCUUUUAUGUGAUGUGUUGGAUUAAGACCAUCAUUCGAGCUGUCAUUACAGAUGACUGGAAUGAGCGCUUCAAGAGUACAUCGCCUAUACCAGAGGACACAAUUAGACAGAUAAGGCAGGAGUGGACCGCUUAUCUUCUGCAAAGAUGGAGUUAGGAAUAGUUUUAUUUGUUGUUGAACAUUGCUUAGUUUUAGUUUAAGUUUUAACUUGAUAGUUUUGGUAGUGGAUUAUAUUUUACAUUAAG